AUGAGUGUAUUUUUCGAACAAGUUAAUCAACCUACUCCUAGCGCCUUUCAAAAGAGACAAACUAUCCUUACGAAUCUUCUUGAUGAAUUGUUAAGACCUAAGGAACAACAAAUUAUUGAAGCUUUCAUGAAGCCGUCACCUGAUGAGAUAAUUGAGCAGCAGAAAGUAGGAGGACAAAGAAUUCCAAUAGUUAUGAAAAAAGUGGAAACCAAGAAAAGAGAAGAAGAUGAAGCUCUUGAAUUUCCUGAACCCAGAGAGAUAAAGCCAAAAGUUAAAAAAGUUGAUCCAAAUUUAAGAGGACCGAUAAAUAGCGGAACAGGGUUGCCAGCUGAGAAGGCUUUAGAAAGGGAACAGAGAGUGCCUAUUGUUUGAAAGAAAAAUGAUUGGGGGAAUAAGAAGGGAAGAGAAGAAAACAAAGAAGCAACAAAUCAAGCUCAGAAUGAGCCAGAACAAAGGGUGCCUAUUGUUUAUAAGGGGAAUAAAGGAAAUCAAAAGCAACACUGAAAUAAAGAUAAAGGCAAGCAUAUGGUCAAACCUGGCUGGCUCUAUCUGGCUCUACUGGCUCUAUCAGGCAGUAAGGCUCUACUGGCUCUAUAUGGCAGUCUGGCAGUUCGGCUCUACUGGCUCUACCGGCUCUACCUGGCAGUCUGUCUCUAUGGCUCUACCUGGCAGUCUGGAAGUCUGGGUCUACCUGGCAGCCUGGCACUCUGGCAGUCAGGCUCUACUAGCUCUACCGGCUCUACCUGGCAGUAUGGCUCUAUGGCUCUACCUGGCAGCCUGGCAGUCUGGCAGUCCGGAUCUAUCUGGGUCUACUGGCUCUACCUGGCAGUCCGGCUCUAUGGCUCUAUGGUUCUGCCUGGCAGCCUGGCAGUCUGGCAGUCCGGAUCUAUCUGGGUCAACUGGCUCUACCUGGCAGUCCGGCAGUCUGGGACUAUCUGGGUCUACUGGCUCUACCUGGCAGUAAGGCUCUACCAAAAACAAAAUAUUAUUUACUACACCAUCAUUUUAAAUCAAAAUUUUAAAGAUAUUUAUAAGCAAUAGACUGAAAACAGUGAAAUCAUAAUUAAAAUAUGGCGUCUUCGUCUAGAUAUGGCCUCACAGCCAUAUAUCCUCGACUCAUAUUUUAAUUAUAUCCGGCAAGGUUUUUCUAGCCUUGAAAAGGACAGUAAUGCUAUGGUAAUCAAUUCUGCAGGAGGCAGAGACUAGCCCAAGUCCAACUUCGAGACUGGUUUUUACUCGAAGGAAAGGAGGGCUUAGAUUUGGAAAGAGCAACCCAGCAAGGUCUACAGGUAAUACCUAGACCAAUCGGGCAAUUGCCUAGCGUGAAACUGGGCGUUACGUCCCAAGAUCUGGACUUCACCCUUUUGCCGAAAGGCUACCAGAAAUUCCAUUUUUUGGGAUUUCGGAAUGCCAAUUUUCGUAUUCUCUCAGCCUCAGGAGGCCGCACAAAUCCAUGGACGGCAAUGCUAGGUAACCAAUUCUGCAGAGGAGCCAAAGACUAGCCCAAGUCCAACUUCGAGACUGGUUCUUACCUUGAAGUAAAGGAGGGUUCAGAUUUGGAAAGGGCAAGCCCAGCAAGAUUUACAGAUAAUUCCUAGACCACUCGGGCAACUGCCUAGCGUGAAACUGGGCGUUACGUCCCAGGACCUGGAUUUAACCCUUUUGCCGACAGUCUACCAGAAAUUCCAUUUUUUGGGAUUUCAGAAUGCCAACCUCAUAUUCCAUAGCCUCAGGAGGCUGCACAAACCCGUAGCCUGCCCACUCUACACUGGAGCCUUUUACAAGAGGCAAGGAGGAGACUGGACGGAAGGAAGGUCGCAAAGCGGGUGAAUCCCCCAAGGGAUCUUUGAUGAUUGCGUUAAAAUUAAGGGUAUGAGCCCGUCUAUCGAAUAAGAUAAUAAGAUUCAGUCAUAAGAGUGAAAUUUUAUAUUAGAAUUGUUUUAUGAUUUAUCUAUAGUUAUAAAAAAAUUAUAGCAGAACUGAUUUUUUAUUUUAACAUAAUAGUAUUUGCAAUUAGUGAAGAGUCCUAGCUGGCUGCACCUUAUUUUUAUCUGAGCAAAUGGCCUAUAAAAGAUAUCUAAAUUAUAAAGCAUGAUUGGAAUUUAAUGAGUAGAGCCUUACUGCCAGGUAGAGCCAGACUGCCAGACUGCCAUAUAGAUCCAGUAGAGCCAGUAGAGCCGGUAGAGUCAGACUGCCAUAUAGGCCCAGGUAGAGCCAGUAGAGCCGGUAGAGUUAGACUGCCAUAUAGACCCAGUAGAGCCAGUAGUGCCAUACUGCCAGACUUCCAGUAGACCCAGUAGAGCCUGGUAGAGCCGAUAGAGCCAAUAGAGCCGGACUGCCAGACUGCCAGGUAGAGCCUUACUGCCAGAUAGAGCCAUAGAGCCUGAUAGAGCCAGCCAGGUUUGACCAAGCAUAAUGAACAAGAGGAGGAAAAAAAGGAAAUUUCUACAAGCCAAGCACAAACAAGCCAGAAUGAGCCAGAACAAAGAGUACCUAUUGUAUAUAAGGGGAAUAAAGGAAAUCAGAAGCAGCAGCACUGAAACAAAGAUAAAGGCAAACAUAAUGAGCACAAACAAAGCGAUAUAGGGAAAAAAGAGGAGCAAGAUGAGGAAAAUAAAGAAAGCUUUAAGCAAAAUUCAAAGAAAAUUAUCAAUGAAAAAGGAGGACAAAAAACUACUGAAAAUAAUGUUGAAGAAAAUAAACAGAAGCAAAAAUAUAAAAAGAAAAAAUAA